CCCAUGAGACAUAGAAUCAGUAGUAAACAACAAAAGGAAAAAAAAAAACUCUUGAUCAUUAUUAAUGGCCUCUCAUUCCCCAAAGAGAGAAGGCCCUUAUUAUCUUAAUAUUGUACUAUUCCUUACCAUUCUCAUCUCCAUCAUCAACCCUUCACACCAAGACCCUUCUUCCCCUCUCCCCCCAAUAAACCCAAGACUCACCAAAGCCUACACAGCACUCCAAGCAUGGAAACACAAGAUCACCUCAGACCCCAAAAACUUCACCUUAAACUGGUGUGGCCCCAAUGUUUGCAACUACACUGGCAUAUACUGUGCACCAGCCCUAGAUGAUCCUCACAUCUACACUGUUGCUGGAGUUGACCUAAACCAUGCCACCAUAUCUGGCUCAUUGCCAGAAGAACUUGGCCUCUUAACUGACCUAUCACUUCUCCACAUAAACUCCAACCGUUUCUGUGGUUCUCUUCCCACUAGCUUCGACAAACUUCACCUCCUCCAUGAACUUGACAUCAGCAACAACCAAUUCUCGGGACCAUUCCCCGAAGUUGUUCUUUGCAUCCCUAACUUAAAAUACUUGGAUAUCAGAUUCAACAACUUCCACGGCAACGUUCCCUCGCGCCUCUUCGAUGUCAAACUCGAUGCACUUUUCAUCAACAACAACAAUUUCCAAUUCUCGUUGCCCAAUAAUUUCGGGAACAGUACUGCUUCUGUGGUCGUGUUUGCGAACAAUGACUUAAAAGGGUGUCUUCCUUCGAGUUUGGUUAAAAUGAAGGGUACCCUUAACGAGAUUAUCAUCACCAACAGUGGCUUAACGGGGUGUUUGCCUAGUGAGAUAGGGGAUUUGGACAUGGUCACGGUGUUUGAUGUGAGCUUCAACAAGUUGGUUGGAGAACUGCCUGAGUCAUUGGGAAGAAUGAAGAAGUUGGAGCAGCUGAAUGUGGCGAAUAACGAGUUGUCUGGUGAGAUUCCUGAGAGUGUUUGCAUGUUGCCGAGGUUGGAGAAUUUCACGUACUCUUAUAACUACUUCUGCAGUGAGUCACCAACGUGUCUCAAGUUGAAGGAUAAGGAUGAUACCAAGAAUUGUAUUCCUUAUAGGCCAUUGCAAAGGUCACUGGAUGAGUGUAAGGCUUUUUAUGCACAUCCUGUUCAUUGUAGUGCCUUUGGUUGUGCAUCGCCGCCGCCGCCACCUCCUCCUCCUCCGCCGCCGCCGCCACCGGCAACUUACCACCACUAUCCCUGAGGAGCCAUGGCAGAAAUAUAAGUUUGUAAUAUUUAAUUUGCUUUUUUUUGUUCUGAGUUUGUUUCUCUAUUUUUUGGGGAUGUGAAGAUUAGUUCGGUGAAUAUCAUGAUUACAAUAUUUAGUUUUCCUUUUUGGUGAUACGUUUACAUUGUAAAAAAAAAAGUGUGAAAAUUAGCUAUUUCCACUAUUCAUUUGAAACUUGUUUAAAGGAGGUUAGGUUUGGUUUGAGAACGUUUGGGUUGUUAUGGGUCGUGACAUAUAUUCUCUAGUUACUGACGACAACAAAAAAAUGUUAAAGAAGGACUAUCAAUAGUAUCUAUUUUUUCUGCACGAGUGGAAAAGAAAGUUGAAUUC